AUGGCUUUUGCAGCCACAACCAACAAGCCCAUGCGCAACCUGAACAAGGUGUCUGGCGGAGCUUUGGAAGAAUGGCAAAAAACAGCAAAGGAAGAUGGGUCGGUCAGCAACAGCAGCAGCACGACCACUGGUCGUGGGUCAUCAGUCUACGACGAGAGCGAGGCGAAGAUCCUGUCGGUCGAGGUUUGA